CGUGAGAUGUGGAGACCAGUACAAACCACAAAAGAGUGAAGUUAAAAAGAAAAAACCACACCUCUUGCAUUCUAGACCGUCUGAUCUUGAUCAUCCAACGAUGCCGAUCAACCGGAUUGCAGUGGGUACCCGGGAAGAGGCGACCCACCCGGACGCCCUCAAGGCGGCGUUGGCGGAGUUCAUCUCAACCCUAAUCUUCGUCUUCGCCGGAGAAGGCUCCGGCAUGGCCUUCAACAAGCUGACCGGCGACGGCGCCGCCACCCCCUCCGGCGUCAUCUCUGCUGCCAUAGCCCAUGCUUUUGCUCUUUUCGUCGCCGUCUCGAUCGGAGCUAACAUCUCCGGCGGCCACGUCAACCCCGCCGUCACCUUCGGCGCCUUCAUCGGCGGCCACAUCACCCUCCUACGUGGCAUCCUCUACUGGAUUGCCCAGUUGCUUGGUUCCAUCGUGGCUUGUUUAUUACUCAAGUUUUCCACCAAUGGCAUGUCAACAUCGGCAUUUUCGUUGUCCUCGGGAGUGAGCGUAUGGAACGCUUUCGUAUUUGAGAUCGUGAUGACCUUUGGAUUAGUCUACACCGUAUACGCAACCGCAUUGGAUCCAAAGAAGGGUAAUUUGGGAAUUAUAGCACCAAUCGCGAUCGGGUUCAUCGUGGGCGCUAAUAUCUUGGCGGGUGGGGCAUUUGACGGGGCUUCGAUGAACCCGGCCGUUUCAUUCGGCCCGGCUGUGGUGAGCUGGACCUGGGACAACCACUGGGUCUACUGGGCCGGGCCUCUGAUCGGUGGUGGGCUUGCUGGGCUUGUCUAUGAGUUGUGCUUCAUGACCCAUGGCCAUCAACAAUUGCCCGCGACUGACUACUAAGCCAUUUCAAGAUUUUUUUUUUUUUGGGUGCGCUCUCUUGCUUUCUGUAUUUAUUUACUUCUGUUUUUGAGGGGUUUUUUUUCAUUGUUUUUUCAUUGUUAAUAAUUUGUAACCGUUGGAUCUUUUCUUGGUUUGUGGUCUUCGGCUGCUGUAUCCCUUGAAAUAUUUGUUGUGUGGCUGUGGGAUGGGGGUCUAGUGUUUGGUUGUUAUUCUAUUCCACUUUGUACGAUUUUCACUUCAUUCGAUUUAAUUUCAAUUUAAAAAAAUUGAUUAUA